AUGGCUUCUAUACCAGUUAUCGUCAAGCACCAAGGAAAGCGCUACGAUGUCGAGCUCGAUCCAUCCUCCAACGGCGAGACCUUCAAAUUUCAACUAUAUUCCCUUACGGGUGUUGAGCCUGAGCGGCAGAAAAUCUUGGUGAAGGGAGGCCAGCUCAAAGAUGAUACCUUGCUCUCGUCCCUCAAUGCGAAACCGAACCAGACGUUCAUGAUGAUGGGCACUCCUUCCGGAGGACAGGGCGCUGGAGACUUAGCACGUCCAAAGGAAACUGUGAAGUUUUUGGAGGAUAUGACGGAAGCGGAGGCUGCAAGGGCAGUGGGGGCAUCCCCGGCUGGACUGCAGAACCUCGGGAAUACAUGCUAUCUCAACUCAACUUUGCAAACCCUGAGGAGUGUUCCGGAGCUUCACCAAGAACUUCAGAAGUAUCGCCCAUCCAGAAGCACUGGCGGUUCCAAUCUUUCCAAUCUUAGCGACUUUGGUCUGGGAGGACUGGGUGCUUCCAUGGACCUCACUUCCUCGCUAAAGGAUCUGUUUAAGCAGAUGUCAGAAACUCAAGAAGGUUUUCCACCACUCAUUUUCCUCAACGCCUUAAGAAACGUAUAUCCCCAGUUCGCUCAGCAGGAUCGAAACGGGCAUGGGUACGCUCAACAAGAUGCGGAAGAGGCCUGGUCACAGAUCGUCGCACAGUUGAGGCAAAAGUUGAUGGUCAAAGAUGGCGAAGGGGAGUCGACCUCGGAGAUUUCAUUCGUGGAUAAGUAUCUCGGUGGGAAAUUUGAGUCGGUUACUGAGUGCGAUGAACCGGCAGCAAAGGAGGUCGGUGAGCAGCCUAGCGAGAGCUCUGAUGUGUUCUAUAAACUUGACUGUCACAUCGACAAAGAUACGAACCAUUUGCAUGAUGGUAUACUUGCGGGCCUUGAGGAAAAGAUUGAAAAGCGUUCUCCUACUUUGGACCGUGAUGCUGUUUACACGAAGCGCUCACGCAUCGCACGGCUGCCGAAAUAUCUAACUGUUCAUUUUGUUCGAUUUUUCUGGAAACGCGAUGCACAAAAGAAAGCCAAGAUCAUGCGCAAAGUCACGUUCCCUGCCGAACUUGAUGUGGUCGACUUCUGUACCGACGAACUCAAGGGACUCGUGAUCCCCGUUCGGGAUAAAGUACGGGAGAUUCGAAAGGAAGAGCUUGACUUUGAGCGCGCUCGGAAACGUCAAAAGGUUGCCCACCAAAGGGAAGAAGAGGGGAAGGGCGAGGAACCUUCUGCCUUAGAACCAAUGCAGAAAAAGAAGGCUACUGAAGAGCGCAAGGAGGACGCGAAGGACGGAAAGGAUGAAGAUACGGCAAUGGCCGACUCUUACAAGACUGAUGCCGAAUACGAGGCGGAGAAGAACGCCUCUAUUCUUGCAGCUAAGAAAGAGCUGGUCGAGCUUCUCAACCCCAAGCUGGCCGCAGAUGACGGCACCAACAAGACUGGGCUGUACGAGCUGAGAGGUGUUAUUACGCACCAGGGUGCUAGUGCAGAUAGCGGCCAUUAUACCUCGUAUGUUAAGAAGCAGAGCGAUGGUAAGGGCGAUAGUGACGACAAGUGGUGGUGGUUCAACGAUGAUAAGGUGACCGAGGUAGAGGGAUCGAAGAUUGAGACUCUGUCUGGAGGUGGUGAAUCUCAUUCGGCGCUUAUCCUUCUUUACCGUGCUGUUGAUUUGCCGGUUCCUGAGUAG